AUGGGUGGUGCCACUGGAAACUCACCGGAAAGUCAAUUUUCUGACGAGCCACCGUGGUCACCGGAAUCCGCCACCGCCGAAGACAAAAUAGCAUCCGUUAAUCCUCUAGCUACAAUUUUGAAUCAAAAACCAUUGGAUAGAAAUAACUAUGACUUAUGGAAAACCAAUACCUACAUUGGCCUUGAUUUUGAGAGAAUAAAGUUCAUUACAACAACUCCAAAACCCCAGGAGCCCGCUACUAAUGCUUCAGAGGAAACUAAGAAGCAAUUUGCAGAUUGGCAAUGGGCGAAUACAAAAACUCACUGUUAUAUUCUUGCCAACAUUGCAGAACAUUUGCAGAAGCAACUUGAUAGUCUCGAGUGUGUAUCAGAAAUGAUUCAGACUCUAGAUGGGAUGUAUGCUAAAAGUAGCAGUACUGCUAGACAAGCAACUAUAGGGGCACUAAUGAACACUCGUAUGACUGGAGGAAGUGUGUGGGACCAUUGUCUAAAGAUGAUGGCGCAUAUCAGUACUGCAGAAGUGAUGGGGGCUAAGCUAGAACAAGAGAUGAAGAUAGACAUGAUCUUGGAAUCUCUACCGGAUAGCUUUAGUCAGUUCAAAAUGAACUAUAAUAUGAACAAACUAAAGCUUACUCCUGUUGAACUAAUGCACGAGCUUGAGAGUACUGAAAGGUCUCUUGGGAAGCAAGGAAGUGCCUAUCAUGCUGAAAGUUCCUCAAAAUCUAAAAGAAACCUAAGGGUGGAAAGAAGAACAAGAAGCAGAAGAGAACAGGUCCAGCUACCAAACCAGCUGUAA